AUGACUAUUACAUCUACUACUCCGUCUUCAACUAAUGGUGACAACUUAAACCAAACUGCUGCAAGUACACAUCUUCCUUUUCAUCCUGAUGACUACACACACCCUUGCCAUCCUUUAUAUGUCCAUCCAUCGGAUUUGUUGGGAUCUUCUCUAGUUACUGAUCGUUUUGAUGGUUCAUCCUAUAGAAGUUGGCAUAGAUUCAUAUUAGUUGCUUUAUCUGUUAGGAACAAACUUGAUUUCAUCCAUGGCACUUAUGAAAAGCCACCUGAGGGUUCUCCUUUACUUCGUCAAUGGAAACGAUGCAAUGAUUUGGUUGUUGCAUGGCUUGCUAAUUCUGUCACUAGAGAGAUUCACCAGACUGUUGUCUAUUCUGAGUUUGCAAAAGAUAUCUGGAGGGAAUUAGAAGCUAGAUAUGGGCAAGCUGAUGGGGCUAGAGUCUUUGAGUUAAAAAAAGGAGUUGGCACAUGUUUCACAAAAUGUACUUGUGGUGGGAAUGCUAAGUCUGAAGAAGAACAACGAGUGUAUCAGUUUCUUAUGGGUCUCAAUGAAGUCUAUGUCCAAGUCAGGAGUAACAUUCUCAUGAUAAAGCCCCUUCCCUCCAUGGAUACUGUUUACAGUAUUCUUCUCAGUGAUGAGAAACAAAGACAAGUGUCUGCAACUUCUCAAUUCUUUUCAGACUCUGCUUCCUUCCAUGCUGGGGUUUCCAAACAGUCAUACCCUGCCAAGGUAGCUUUUGAUUCUCAUAAAUCUGUUGUCACCUGCAAAUAUUGCAAGAAAAUUGGACAUAGCAUUGAGAAGUGUUUCAAGCUUCAUGGCUUUCCACAAAAUUUCAAGUUUACCAAGGGUGGUGGUCCUCGCAAGGCUGCAGCUAAUGUGGCAGCUGAUUCUUCUGGUUCACAAUCAUUGUCUUCUGGGUUAGACAGCUCUCCUGCUCAGGUUAUUCCUUCUGAACAUACUUCUGGGAUUCCUGGGAUCACUCAGCACCAGUAUGUUCAACUGAUGCAGCUUCUCCAACAUUCCCAUCUCAAUCCUGAUUCCUCUCACUCUCUGAUGGCUUCUGCUCACUUUGCAGGUAGAGAAGCCACACACAGUGUUUUACUUAAACCCUGUUUGUUUUCACAAGUAGACAGUUCUGUUUGGAUUAUAGAUUCUGGGGCUUCUGAUCAUAUGACUUCUCAGAAGUCACUUCUUUUUAAUAUUCAACCUCUUUCUAUUCCCUGUCUUGUCUCUUUGCCUAAUGGUUAUAAGGUUAAAGUCACCAAUUGUGGUUCUUUAACUUUAUUUCCUAACUUUACCUUGCAUAAUGUGCUUUAUGUCCCUACCUUCCAAUACAAUCUCAUAUCUGUUUACCAUCUGGUUUCACAGUUUGAUGGCAUAGCUCAAUUUUCUAGCACUUUGUGUCAUUUACAGGGCCCUUCACUGAAGAAGCCUCUGGUGCUUGGUAGAUUGGACCAUGGUUUAUACAAACUGGAGAUUCCUCCUCCUACUUCUUCUUCAUGUGUUUCUAGUUCUUUAGUUGCUUAUCCUGCUAGUUCCCUUUCUGAUGUUAGUGGUUCUACUAGUAGUGUUAAUAAGCAUGAAUCUGAUGUUAUCCCUUCCACUAUUCCCCAUUGUAAUUCUGCUCAUGCAAAUUUGAAUAAAAUAGAUGUGAUUUGGCAUUUUAGACUUGGUCACAUUCCUUUUUCCAGAAUGAAACACAUACAUGUUCUUAGUUCCUCUCUUUCUUCUAAACAAUCCUUUCCAUGUUCUAUUUGCCCCUUAGCUAGACAAACCAGACUCCCUUUCCUUGACAGUACUACUCAUUCUACAGCACCAUUUCAACUCAUUCACAUUGAUACCUGGGGACCCUACCAUUCUCCCACUACUACUGGUGCAAGAUACUUUCUAACUAUUGUGGAUGACUACUCUAGAGCUACUUGGACUCACCUUUUGGGGGCUAAAAGUAAUGCUUUUGAUAUGCUCAAAAGUUUCAUUGCUAUGGUUGAGACUCAUUUUAAUACCACAAUCAAAACUGUGAGGAGUGACAAUGCCCUAGAGCUGGGAUCUAGUUCUACUGGUUCCAAAUUCUUUCAGACAAAGUAUGUCUUUCCCUUUGCCCUUCCUCCUUCUUCUUCUUCUUCUCCUUCUCCACAUGUAUCUGCAUUCUCCCCUCCUCAUGUUCCUGAUGAUCUUGUUGCUCCCCCUACUUCAUCUUUUUCUCCUGUUUCUCCUGUUUCUCCAUCCCCUUCUGUUUCUCCUGUUCCUUCAUCACCUUCUGUUUCUCCUCUUUCUUCUACUGAUUUACCCAUUGCCUCUUCUUCUUCUCCUGUUAUACUUGUUGUCCCUCCUCCUUCUCUUGUUCCUGAGGUUUCUGUGAGGCAGUCUUCUAGACCUCACAAUCCUCCGGGAUAUUUGAAUGAUUAUGUUUGCACACUUCCUUCUUCAUGCUCCACUUCUAUUUCCAAUAUUGUUUCUACUAGUGUGCCUCCUGUGUUUGAACCCUAUACUUUCUCUCAAGCUGCCUCCAUUCCUGAAAGGCAAGAGACAAUGAAGAAUGAAUUUGAGGCUCUUGAAGCUAACAGGACUUGGGUAGUUGUUGAUUUGCCUUUGGGGAAGAAGCCUAUAGGGUGCAAAUGGGUCUAA